ACCCAAAGAGAAAACACAAAAAGGAAGAAAGAAUACAGCAGAUGCAAUCACGGAUGUGGGUUAGAUCUUGCAGCUGCCCUCGAGAUCUGUUUUGAAUGCACAAUCCUCAGCAAUGAAUCCAGAAGAGCGAAUCGUGACAUGGCUUAUAUCUUUGGGAGUUUUAAAUUCACCCAAAAAGACCAUCUCUGAUCCAGAGGAGUUUUUGAAGUGUUCACUGAAAAAUGGGGUGGUACUGUGCAAACUGAUCAACAGACUUGUUCCCGGAUCUGUGGAAAAGUAUUGCCAGGAGCCCAAAACUGAAGCCGAUUGCACCAGUAAUAUUAAGGAAUUUCUGAAAGGAUGUGCAUCACUUCAGAUAGAGGUUUUUGACGCUAAUGACCUUUAUUCCGGAGUCAAUUUCUCCAAGGUGCUGAGUACACUUUUAGCUGUCAACAAAGCCACAGAAGAUAAACCUUCUGAAAAGCCAUGCCGUCGUUCAUCUUCCCUUAGUGCUCCCAGUUCCCAGACAUACCUAAAGAGAGUGAGUUCUAAUACAGGCUCAGUGCUGCGGAGACAGUCAAAGGCGGAGAUGACUGAAAAUGGCAGUCACCAACUGGUGGUCAAGGCAAGAUUCAACUUUAAACAGACCAAUGAAGAUGAACUGUCAGUCUCUAAAGGGGAUAUCAUUUAUGUCACUCGAGUUGAAGAAGGAGGCUGGUGGGAAGGCACAUUAAAUGGGAAGACAGGCUGGUUCCCUAGUAACUAUGUCCGGGAAAUUAAAUCCACUGAAAAACCUCUUUCUCCCAAGACGUUAAAAGGAGGCGAAACUCUUCAGCUUACAAAGAAUUAUUAUACUGUGGUAUUGCAGAGCAUCCUGGAAACAGAACGAGAUUACGCUAAGGAGCUCCAGUCGCUUCUUGGGACAUACUUAAGACCCCUACAGUCCAAUGACAAGUUAAGUCCUGUGGAGUUUACAUCUUUACUGGGCAACUUUGAGGAAAUAGGCACUUUUCAGCAAACACUGUGUCAGACCUUAGAAGAAUGUGCAAAAGUUCCAGAGAAUCAGCAGAAAGUAGGAGGAUGUUUGAUGAACUUAAUGCCCCAGUUUAAAAGUCUGUAUCUGACUUACUGUGCUAAUCAUCCUUCAGCUGUCAAUGUCCUCACACAACACAGUGAUGAUCUGGAAAAAUUUAUGGAGACUCAAGGGGCAGCCAAUCCAGGGAUUCUGAUUUUAACUACAAGUCUCAGCAAGCCAUUCAUGAGACUAGAAAAAUAUGUUACUCUCCUCCAAGAACUGGAACGACACAUGGAGGAGGCUCAUCCAGACCACCAAGAUAUUCUGAAAGCUGUUACAUCAUUCAAGGCUCUCGUGGCACAGUGUCAGGAGCUGAGAAAGAGGAAACAACUGGAAUUGCAGAUCCUUUCUGAAUCUAUUCAGGGAUGGGAAGGAGAAGAUAUAAAAACUAUGGGAAACGUAAUCUUUAUGUCACAAGUGAUGGUGCAGUGUGGAGCCAGUGAGGAGAAAGAAGAGAGGUAUUUUAUGUUAUUUUCAAAUGUUUUGCUAAUGUUGUCUGCAAGUCCUCGGAUGAGCGGCUUCAUCUACCAGGGAAAAUUGCCAGUAACAGGAAUGACAUUGACACGGUUGGAUGAAAACGAAGGGAAUGACUAUACUUUUGAAAUAACAGGUACCAUGAUAGAUAGAAUUAUCGUGUCGUGUAACAACGGCCAGGAUUUGCAGGAAUGGACUGAUCAUUUGCACAGACUGACCAGAGGCCCCGGCCCAGGCCCCACAUUAACCAAAGCACAGUCAUGGAGUGCUCAUUCAUCUUUUAGCUAUGCCGGACAGACUCGAGGACCACUGGAGCCUCCUCAGAUUCUAAAGCCCUGGAGCUUAAGUUGUCUCAGACCUGCACCUCCUCUUAGACCUUCAGCGGCCCUAGGUUACAAAGAGAGGAUGUCUUAUAUCUUAAAGGAUUCCAGUAAGAGCCCCAAAACAAUGAAGAAGUUUCUACAUAAAAGAAAAACAGAGAGAAAAGCAUCAUCAGAAGAUGAAUUUGCUAUUAGAAAAAGUACUGCAGCAUUGGAAGAAGAUGCUCAAAUUCUUAAAGUGAUCGAGGCUUAUUGCACAGGCUCUCGAAAAGAUUCCAUCCCACAAGUCUUACUUCCCGAGGAGGAGAAGAUAAUCGUAGAAGAAACAAGAAGCAAUGGUCAGACCGUUACGGAAGAAAAAAGCCUCGUAGACACUGUUUAUGCACUGAAAGAUGAGGUCAAAGAAUUAAAGCAGGAGAAUAAACGAAUGAAGCAGUGCCUGGAAGAGGAACUGAAGUCAAGGAAAGACUUGGAAAAAUUAGUCCGAAGGUUAUUGAAGCAGACCGAUGAAUGUGUCAGGGAUGAAUCCAGUCGCAGAUCUUCCAUUCUUGCUUGAGUUUUCAACUCUGCUUCUGCAAGUUGGGGGUGACUUCAGGUAUUUUGUGGGGGAAGCAGAAGUGGAUGCAUUUGCCCCAUCAUGCUCCUAAUUUUGUUUUCCUGUUUGUGUGUUUGGUUUGGGUUUUGGGUUAAAACAAGAACAAAGAAAAGGAGCUGGUAGUGGAAAGAGCUUCACAAUCUUUUCCAUUCUCUAAGGAAGUGAUACGAAAUGCAAAUAAGUUUCAAUUUUAAAUGGUCAGUAAGUGGUCUGUGAUUCAUAAUUCAUCUGCGGCAACUAAUACCUCAUCGUAUCUGCUGUUGGGAUUUUGAUCCUCAUCUCUAGUAACGGCAGCUACUCUCAGAGAGGUUGUCAGCAAUUUCUUCAUCGGGAAAUUUGAGCACUUUUGAAAAUGAAGCCCCCUGGACCUCACCCUUUUGAAUGGGAAGUUUUCUGAAUUGGAAAUGGUCAAACCCAACCCAAUUAAGACCUCUCCUCUGACAAUCCCAAAAGGGAGAAGUUUUGUUCCAUGUUAUCGUUUCUCUCUGUAAUUACAUGUAAAGAAACUGAACCACAUCAUACGGUGGUUCCUAGAGGGAAGGUGUUAUCAGUGGACAUGCCCCAUCUCAUUCCCAGGAACUAUGCGAUUGGGAAUUAUUUAUGUUAACACCAAACUCAGACGUACUGGAAAACCUUCCCUCCAAAAUAGCAAGCAAUCUGUUACUAUUGCACGUCAGCAGUGCUGUGUUAUUUUCCUCAUUUUCCAAAUACCUGUGUAUUAUGUAUGUUCUUAUUUUUUCCAAGACUUAGAGAGCAGUAUACAGACCUUGUCUGAGUUUGCUUUCCUUACUUUUAUCAUGUAGUUAGAUCGAGAACAUCCUGAUCGCAAAUUCAAACUGUCACAGUCCCUCAAAACUGCAUUCAUUUGUUAUGGCAAGAGCUGUAACAAUCACCAAUCUUUCUUUGAGUAGGGCUUUAGAAAUUAUAAGCAGACAUCAACUAUUUCUGUCUUUCUGACAGCUAGGGAUGUGAGGAGAGUUUGUACGAAUGAUUAUUUACUUUUUGCCGACAAUCUUCAUAACUGGAGUAGGAUUUGUCAGCUUCGCUCCUUUCUAUAUAUUAACUUGACAAAGAUUCCCAGACAUAUAAGGAUUGCCGUAACUCAAAGUCAACGCAGCCAAAUCCUCACUUCCAACCACAUAUAUCCUUCAGAGGUCACUGUAUUUAUUCAUUCAAUAGUCUUUAUUGAGUGCUUACUAUGUGCAAAGCACUGUCCUAAGCGCUUGGAAUGUACA